UUUCCACGUGCCAAUAGUGUUAGACGACUGGCGCCACCUCGCAAUUAUUUUAACAACAUCAACAAUGGAGAUUCUAAUAAUCAAAGAAUUACAAAUUCAAAAAGAAAAUUAUCAUUGUCUUUCGAAUCAUUCAAUGUUGAAAAGAAUGAUGGAAUUCAAAAAAUUUCACCACAAUGGAUAACUGGGCCCGCUGCAUCACCAGUUAAUCAACACCAACUGGAUUUCCCUCCAAAACAAAUGUUUAACGAUCAAGUUCAGAAACAUCAAAUGCAACAAGGACAUCAACAGUGUGAUAUGUGUAGAGAUGAAGGGCCUUUUGAUCAAAUAGUUCCUGUAUGUGACAAUACAAAUAGGACACAUAAAAGUGUUUGCUUAUUUGCUCAAUGGAAUUGUGAAAGAAGACUACGUGGGGAAGAAGAGAAUGUAUUCGUCCACGUGGGGGAAUGCAACCAAGUCUCUCCCAUUUUUGUUACUAAAGAAGAAGACUGCCCUAGUAAAUGUAGUCACCAACUCAAGCCUGUCUGUGAUUCUAACGGAAUUACACAUCCUAACCUUUGCGCUUACAAACUUUAUCGUUGCCUUCAAAGAAAAAGUGGUAUCAAAUCUACAGGUUGGUUAGUGUCAUUACGCGAGUGUGCAACAACACCCUCAACCUCCUCACAUGAUCACAAUAUUUCUAACAAUAAAAACACUUUAAUUCCUUCACAACAUUCAAAACAAACACAAAAAUCAAUUGAAUGUCCUGAUGAGCCAAAUUGUGAAGAUGAAGUGGAAGAAAAUAAAAUUCAACAAAUUUGUGAUAGUGAUGGAAAAGCACACAAGAGUACUUGUCUUUUUGCACAUGCACAUUGUUUAGCAGCAAAAACAGGAAAAGCUUUACGUAUUAUUGAAUGCCCUCCUCAACUACAAAAUAUUUCUACAACAAUUUCUAUACCUACAAUUCCAACAUCAACAUCUACCCAACAAAAACAAAUUUCUACAAAAUUGGUUCCUAAAAUAUCUGCCAAUUUUGCUUCCAUGCCACCACACCUAACAACUACAACAUCAAAAACAUUAAUAAAUAAUCAAGAAGAAAAACAAAAGAUAUUAGAUUGUGAACGUAGAUGGCAUGAUUGUGGAGAGUCUCCAAAGGAUGCUUAUUGUGGAUCUGAUUUGAUAACAUAUCGAAAUUUUUGUGCUAUUCAAGCUUCUUGUUUGGACAGUCAAGUAGAAGUACUUUUCAAAGGAGAGUGUGAAAGGUGUCUAUCAAAUCCAUGCCUGGCUAAACGUAAUACUGCUGAAGAAGACAAUAAUGAUUCUUUAUAUGUUUGUGAUCAAGGAGGAGAGACUAAGAGUAAAUGUGAAUUUGAAGUUUUGCGUUGUAUUUAUGAAAUUAAAUUUGGCUACAAUAUCACUGCUGCUUAUCAAGGAAAAUGUUGCCCUAGUAUUGAGUCGUGUACAGGAGGGCCAGAGACACAACCCAUCUGUGAUACGAACAAUUCUCGUCACUCUAAUUGGUGCAGCUUUGAAAUGGCAAAGUGUCGUUCAAUUAAAAUUCAUCAUAAGCCGUUGGAGGAACGUGAAUGUAAUAUUAAUAACAACACUGAAAGACGGAAGGAGAAUAUCGAGGAAAGAGAAGAGGUGUUUCGUCGCUUAUGA